UGACCUCGUCCAGUCCGCCGCCGCGGCAGCAGCUUCGAAUUCUGUCGACGCGAACGUGCUCGCCCGCCUCCUCUCGACGCCCAGCAUCGCCAUGGCGGCCGCCGCGCUCAGGGCCCAGCUCAACGCCCACAUCGCCUCCAUGUACGCCACGGGUGCCGUGGACGCGUAUUUCCAGCAGCUCCAGUCGAUGGACGAGGGCAGUGCAGCCACGGGCUUCGUCGCCGAGGUCGUCAACAUCUUCCUCAAUGACGCCGACAGGAUCCUCAACAACAUCGACGGCCUGCUGAACCAGCCCGCGGUGGACUUCUACAAGGUGGACGCCCUGGUGCAUCAGCUCAUUGGGAGCAGCUCCACUGUUGGUGCUAAGAAAGUGAAACUCGCCUGCAUGCACUUUCGACAGUUCUAUGUGGCACAAAGCAAAGAAAGGUGUCACAUGUCAUUGGCUCUUCUUAGGAGCGAGUUCAGUGAUGUGCGCAACAAGCUCCAGACCAUGUUGCAGCUGGAGCGGCAGAUCGCGGCCUUGAGCCCUAGGUAGAAGUAAUCAAAGUGAUAAGAGAAUAGCACCAUGUGAUCCCUGGCAUGAUGGGGUACAUGUAUCUCCGAAUAUGUAGGCAGCAUUUGACGGGUGUUGGGCUUU